UCUUACUAUGUAAUUAGAUAGGACUUAUGUACAAUAUGUUUACAUUAAAAUCAGUGAUAUAUAUAUUUGUGUAUAUAACGGUUGUCUGUCCGUUAAUUAAAGUACAGUGUCAUGAAAGAAUAGAUAUUAAAAAAUACGAUGAAAAUGAACACAUCCAUAGUCCACCGCCGUGCGAAGUGUGUCCUCGGAAAGGUAUUUGUGUCCCCAAGGUGCAGUGUCCUGCGCAUGUGCGACCAAACUCUAACAAUCUUCUGUGUCAUCUAGAAGAUUCUGGAAGUAUUGGUGUAUGCUGCUUUACUGGUCAGCAUCAUGCAGCGGAAUCAGAUCGCAAAAUGCGCACGUCUACAAUGUGCAUAGAAGAUAUGAAAUCUGCUCACAAACUGUCACAUCAGAAAGUCGCAGACUGGCUCAGAACAGCAGAGCAAUUGUUAAAAGAUAACCUCACCAUUGUGGACAACAAUGCACCUAGUUAUGGACAUUAUUUGUCGACGGUGAUAUACGACGAACGAGCAAAAGAGUUGGCUCGUGGUGGUUUGCUGAAUAUGUUCGCUGCGCAGGAAUUGAAGUCUCGCCAGGCUAUCUCUGAUGAUGAAUUGUCUUUGGGGCUCACCGAUCACACAGAUGGACCAUAUUGCUCGCCACUACCUAAUUGUCCAUCGACAGACAGCCAAUACAGAAUUUUAAGGGGGGAGUGCAACAAUAUUAAAAACCCGAACUGGGGCGCCGCUAACACAGCCUUUGAAAGGUUGCUGCCUCCUGACUAUAAUGAUGGUAUUUGGGCGAUAAGGAAGUCAUCUUCAGAUCUUCCCCUGCCCAGUUCGAGGACAGUCAGCCGUAGAAUUCUAUUGGACGCCAGCAAUCCCAGCCGCACGCACAAUCUCAUGUUCAUGCAGUUCGGACAGUUCAUUGCACAUGACAUCAGCGCAGGAGUCAUAUACACGGCAGGAGAUAACAAGCCAAUAUCAUGCUGUACCGGAGAUGGCGAGGCGCCCCUUCCUCCGCAUCUCCAGCAUUGGGCCUGUGCCCCCAUUCAAGUUGAACCCAACGACCCCUUCUUUGAUCACUUCCAACAUCGCUGUAUUAACUUUGUUAGGGCACAACUGUCGCCUGCUGGUGAUUGUUCUGUUGGAUAUGCGAAGCAGAUGAACGGCGCGACUCAUUAUCCAGACUUGUCCCAUAUUUACGGCAGUACUAAAGAAAAGACAGAUUCCUUAAGAGCUCCGGGAGGUUUACUCAAAGUAUUCAAAGAUUAUGGCAGAGAUCUUCCACCUGCUACUGAUAGAAAAGAAUGUUUGACAGACAAAGAAGGAGCUGUUUGCUUUGACUCAGGCGACAAUCACGCAAAUCAAAUUCUAUCUCUUACUGUACUCCAUACCAUUUGGACGAGAGAGCACAAUCGUGUUGCGAGAAUUCUCGCCAAACUCAAUCCGAAAUGGACAGAAGACACGGUGUUUAUGGAGACCAGAAGGAUACUUCAGGCAGAAUUUCAACAUAUCAUUUAUAAUGAAUGGCUACCGUUGCUACUUGGUCCUCAAAUCAUGCGCGAAUUUCAACUGCUUACUUUACCCGGAUACUCGCCAGGAUACGACCCUCAAGUGAACCCAUCACUUACAGUAGAAUUCUCUGCGGCUGCGAUGCGAUUCGGGCACUCUAUUGUUGAUGGGAAGAUCAUGGUACCUAAUCCAAAAAGUGGCGAAAUCUAUGAAACUAUAUCCAUACCAGAAAUAAUGCACCAGCCUUCACGAUUACGACUUUUGCCUUUUCUGGAUAGAAUUCUGAUUGGCCUUUCAAUGCAGCCUAUGCAGUCGGUUGAUCCAUUUAUUACGGAAGGGUUGUCUCGUUACAUGUUCCGUGGCGUGAAGCCUUACGGGCUAGACCUUGCUGCUAUCAACAUCCAGCGCGGCAGGGACGUCGGCCUGCGUCCCUACAACCACUAUAGAAGACUCUGUGGCCUUAAGCCCUUCACCAACUUCAAGCAAUUCAGUCCUAUUACUGCACAACGUCUUUCAUCAGUUUAUCAAAGUCCAGAAGACAUAGAUUUAUGGAUUGGUGGUCUCCUAGAAGCACCUGUAGAAGGAGGUGUAGUUGGACCGACAUUCGCCAACAUCAUCGCUGACCAGUUCACCAGGCUUAAGAAAGGGGAUCGAUAUUUCUACGAUUAUGGAUCAAAUAUCAACCCUGGAGCAUUUACACCAAGUCAACUAGCAGAGAUCAAGAAAGUUACGUUUUCAAGUUUGCUUUGUGAUAACAGAGAUGGCAAAGAAUUUACUUCACAGACGCCAAAUGCUUUCCUAAGACCAGAUUUACCUGGAAACGAACCGGUACCAUGCGACAGUCCUCUUAUAUCAAAGGUGGAUUUAACUAAAUUCAGAGAGAUUUAA